AAGUGGACUUUGUAUUUUAAAUCAACGAAAUUUUCGAGUAACCGUCAACAACACAUUAACACGUGAAAAAUAAUUCGUUAUCAAGGUCAUACAUGAUAAUAUAAUCUACUUAAUAAUGUGAUAGUGAUAGCAGACCAAACAAAAACAAUAAUACUAUUACCCAUAUUUAUCAAAUUUCUGUCUGCUUGACAAUAGAUUAUUCAUUAUUUUUUUAUACCUUGAACCCUUCAUUUACUCUUAGCUCAUAGUCAUAAGUAUAUUUAAUACUUGGUGACUGCGCAUAUUUGUUAGUGUACCAACAAAUAUUUGAAAAACAAAAUUUAAAAAUGCAGCAGGCAAUGCUCCAGUGUAAUGGAGUACAAACUCAUGUAAUAACUGAAGGCCGGUGGGUAGAAAAAGGUCUCUCCCCAACUGGUUCUAAAGAUUUAGUAUUUGUGAUACCAGGAAAUCCUGGAAUACCGGAUUUUUACGCUGGAUUCAUCAAGGCGUUAAAGUCAAGACUGCCACCAGAGACUCCAGUUUGGACAAUAGGCCAUGCUGGUCAUGUACAACCGCCUAAGCGAAUGCGUUAUCUAUCUAAUGGUGAUUCAAAGGAACCAGUUUACAGUUUGAAAGAUCAAUUAGAACACAAGGUUGCAUUUAUCGAAAAAUACAUUCCUAAAGAUGCGAAACUUCAUCUUGUAGGACAUUCUAUAGGCUGUUGGAUGAUUCUGCAGUUAUUGAAAAAUGAAGAGUUUGCUAAACGUGUUGUUAAAUGUUAUUUGUUAUUCCCAACAAUUGAACGUAUGGCUGAGACUCCUAAUGGAAAAUUUCUCACCCGUAUUGUACUGAGAAUAGCAGCUUUAAUAGUAUUUCUAUGUUGGCUGUUUUCAUUCCUCCCAAUGAUACUGCGAUCAAUUUUAAUCCGUAUUUUCGGAGGGUAUUUCGCAGGAGUUACAAGUAAAAGUCUUAAACCAGUUGAACAACUUCUAGAUCCACCAGUACUAGACAGAGUAUUUAAAUUAGCUGACGAUGAAAUGAUAAAAGUACAGGAAUUAGACUAUGAUAUAAUUGAAAAAUAUUCAAAUAAACUGUGGCUUUAUUACGGAGCGACUGAUGGUUGGACUCCGACUCAUUUCUACCAUCAAUUGAAAGAAAAAUAUCAGGAUAUCAAUGCCGAGAUUUGUCAACGCGGUUUUCGACAUGCAUUUGUGCUGACUGAUGAAAUUGAAGUGGGUAAAAUGGUCGGGGAUAAUAUUAAUCAAACAAUAUCGAAUAAUUCUUAAAUAUUUAGCCAUAAAAUUAAACGAUUAAAAUAAUAACAUGCAUUUACGGGUUAGUUAUGUGGGUUAGGAUUUGUAAUUACAUAUAAUUAUUUUGUACAAUUAAACUUGAAAUAUAUUCAUUUGAUUAUUUAAUAAA